AUGGGUUUAACUCCAAAAAUGAUUCCAUGGUUCCUACUGUUAUCUCUCUUCACGGCGAUUCCACUAUCGUCGUCUCAGCCAAACGCUCCACCACCACUCUCUCCAGACGCCGAUCUCUGUAACGGCGUAUUCGUCUCAUACACUUACAAGACCGGUUCAAAAAUCAAACCGAACGACACUAAGAACCAGCCGUACCGGUUCGAGUCAGAGAUCACGGUGCUUAACAACGGUCGCGACGAGCUUAAGUCGUGGAGUGUCUUCGUUGGAUUCUCCCACCGUGAGAUUCUUGUUUCAGCCACAAACGCCGUGCUCGCCGAGGGUUCUAGCUUUCCGGUUAGCGUCGAGAACGGGACGACCUUCGCCGGAUAUCCGUCGGCGGAUUUGAAGUCGGCGAUUAUGACGGCGGGUGACGUCACUCAGAUGCAAGCACGUGUUGAGCUCGUGGGUACUCAGUUUGGUGUUGCUCCACCGAAUAUACCUCUUCCUAAGAACAUCACUCUUCUUAAUGAGGGAUGGUUAUGUCCUAAAUCCACUCAAAAAGGUACAAAUGUUCUGCAAGUAUGUUGUACGCCGGAUCCGAACAAUAAAACUGUUCCUCUAGGUGAAAAGUUCAUUCCUAGGCAAGAAGGAGAUCUAACCAUAAUGUACGAUGUGACCAAAGCAUAUAAAUCGAAGUACUUGGCGCAGGUCACGAUCGAGAAUCAUCACCCGCUUGGUCGGCUUGACAAUUGGAAACUAAGUUUUCUCUGGAUGAAAGAUGAGUUUAUCUCCUAUACAAAAGGAGCUUAUCCGAAUGUUGUCGAUUCAUCGGAUUGCAUUGAUGGUCCGCAAGGAAAAUACUAUCAAGAUUUCGACUUCUCCAGUGUCUUGAGCUGUGCGCGAAGACCAACCAUCAUAGACCUCCCUCUGAAUAAGUAUAACGAUUCCACUCUUGGUCUUAAACCAUUUUGCUGCAGAAACGGAACGAUUCUGCCACCUUCGAUGGAUCCAAGCAAGUCGAAAUCGGUUUUUCAAAUGGAAGUGCACAAAAUGCCUCCGAAUCUUAACAUCUCCGCUAUCUCACCUCCUCAGAGCUGGCAGAUUAGAGGUAACCUUAACCCGGAGUACAAAUGUGGCCCUCCUGUUCGAGUCAGCCCGAGCCAGUUCCCUGAUCCGAGCGGUUUGCCUUCAAACUGGACCGCGUUUGCUAGCUGGCAAGUCGUCUGCAACAUCACUCAACCAGCUACUCCUAGUUGCUGUGUAUCAUUCUCUUCUUACUUCAACGAAUCGAUCAUCCCGUGUAAAACCUGCGCUUGCGGAGGUUGUUCUAGCAACAGAGUGGCUCGCACUUGCAGCACAACUUCUCCAGCUCUUCUACUUCCGCAACAGGCUCUUCUUAUUCCGUUUGAGAACCGAACCAAACUUACCACUGCUUGGGCAGACGUAAAACACUGGAAACUCCCUGACCCAUUGCCUUGUGGAGAUAACUGUGGAGUCAGCAUUAAUUGGCAUCUAGCAACAGACUAUCGAGGCGGAUGGACUGCUCGAAUUACACUCUUCAACUGGGGGGAAACCGAUUUCCCGGAUUGGUUUACAGCGGUUGAAAUGAAAAACGCAGGACCAGGUUUUGAGAAAGCUUACUCCUUCAACGGAACCACCAUCGAGAUCAAUGGAAAGAACAACACUGUUUUAAUGGAAGGGCUUCCUGGACUGAACUAUCUCGUUGGAGAGAGAGAUGGAAAAAACCCGAGCAAGGACUUUCGAGUACCCGGUAAACAGCAGUCUGUUAUCUCCUUUACCAAGAAACUAACUCCGGGAAUCAAAGUUGGUUCCGGAGAUGGUUUUCCGACCAAAGUGUUCUUCAACGGUCAGGAAUGUUCACUUCCUUCUGCAUUACCCACGAACAAUGGUCACAAGAGACACAUCUCCACCUUGCUUCUCAUGGUAUUACCGUUUUUGGCUUUCUUGAUUCUUUGGGUUUAA